AUGAUGCUCAGAAGUCGUAGUACUAAUGCUAAUAAUAUUAUGGCUGGCAAUCUGCCGGCGAAGCCAGGUGAUGCCCUCGCCAAGCGUGGACGGAAACCUGCUGUUAUUGACGAAAAUGUUAUGAAGGGCGAGCCAAAAGCUAAGCGGGCAGCCCUCUGCGAUCUGAGCAAUGCUAUAUCUAAUGUGUUAAUUGACUCUUCUAAGAAGAAUAUCAAUGUCGAAAAGAAACAAAUUACUAAUAAGCGUGGAAGCAAACGAUCUAACAGUGCUUCUGAGUUGAGCGUCAUUCCAGAAUCGGAGAAUAAGGAUGCAUCUAUCAUCGAAAUUCCUGUUGAAGAUCCUUGUCCAAGUUAUGACUUCGAUAGUGAAUGCGCUAAUGAUCCUUUCUCUGUCCACAUGUUUGCUCUUGAUAUCUUCAAGUAUGGACGUGCUAGAGAGAAAGUUUUCCAAGUUUCUGAUUAUAUGAAAGCUCAAAAGUUCGUUCGAAAGGAAAACAGAGCUAUUCUCUGUGACUGGAUGGUUGAAAUCCAAGAAACUUUCGAAUUGAAUCAUGAAACCUUGUAUCUUGCCGUUAAACUAGUGGAUAUGUACCUGGAAUGUGAAACUAAUACACCCAAGAGUGAACUGCAGCUAAUCGCUUGUGCUGCAUUGUUCGUUGCAAGCAAAUUUGAUGAAAGAAGCCCUCCACUAAUUGAUGACUUCUUAUAUGUUACUGAUGAGACUUUUUCACGUGAGGAUUUGAUUAAAAUGGAAAUGAAACUUCUGAAGACUGUGGGAUAUGAUCUCGGUGCUCCUUUGAGCUACAGCUUCGUCAGGAGAUAUGCUAGAACUUGCCGUGCCGAUAUGGCCACUUUGACUUUGGCCCGUUACAUUCUUGAGACUUCUCUUUUGUUCUACGAGUUCGUUGGAACUUCUGAAUCCAGACUCGCUGCUGCUUGCUUCUUGCUUGCUCUCAAGAUGAAGUCAAAGAAUGCUACAUGGACACCAGUCUUGCACAAAUACUCCGGAUAUCGCCAAGAUGAGAUUGAACCACUUAUGAGCGAAGUCAACCACAUGAUGCAUGUGAGAAAAGCUAAGUAUUCCAACUUGGAAACUGUUGCUUCUAAAUAUGAUCAUGAGGUGUUCUACUACUCGGCCUCUGUUCCACUUCUUGAAGAUAAAUUUGAUGUUGAGAAACCCGUCCAAGCUCCUUUAGGACAAGGUUUUUAG